AAAAAAAACAAGAAAAACACAAAAGCAGAGCAAUUGUUCUUUUUUUAAUUUUUUACAAGAAAUUGACGCACAAACAUAAACAAAUCGCAGUAAAAUUAAAAAAAUAAAUAAUACUAUAAUAUAACAAAAAAUAUAGAUUUGAUUAUCAUUGAAAUACUACGAUAAAAAGGGCAACAAGUGGAUUGGUAUAAAAUUUGUUUAAUAUUUUUAUAAAUUGUGAAAUAAAUACAAGCAAGUUACUUAAACGGGUAGGAACAAUUUAUAGUGGGUUUUUCAGACGACAUUGACGAUAUUGACGACGCCAUGGAUCUGUGGGGUAUUUUUAUGUUUUUCUUUUUGGCCUUCAUCAUAAUGAGCUGCUGUGGCUACUGCUGUUCCCGCAAGCAACGUGGAGCCGUCUUAUCUGCACCUGUGGUUGUAACAUCAGCUACACAUACCGCACCUGGUGGUUAUCCCGUUACACAAAUGCCUGUGGGCGCCACAACAACAGCGUAUCAAACACAAGCCUAUGCUGCGCCCUAUCCUCCUCAGGGAGCUCCUACACAAAUGCCCAUGCCAAUGCCUAUGCCUGCAGGUCAACCUCCAGCAGAUUGCAAUAUGCAACCUCAUUUAGCACCAUAUCCUCAAAUGCCUGCAGCUAGUAUGAAUCCACCACCCUAUGAUGUGGCUGUUAGUGGCGCCGGUGCUGGACAAGUUAACAAUACUGGUUAUCAAAAACAAGCACCCUACAAUCCCAACUAUCCAAUGUAAACAAAUGUUUUCCAACAUUUCAUUUUUCCAUAAACAAACUAGAGAAACAACCAACGACUUUAAAACUGAUUAAGGGAACUUUAUUUAAAGACUUGUUAGAGAAAUAGCAAAAAAAUAAAAGUUGCCAUAGCAUAUAACAAAUAAAUAAUUACAUACAAAAAAAUUUUAUUAUCUUAUAUAGAUAUGUAAAUUUAUUGAAAAUUUAAUUAGACAAUAUGUAAUGGCUUAAAAGCUAUUGUUUAAUUCUUUUUUUAUAAAUAUUUGUAUUAACCAAAACUCAUAAUCUUUUUACAAAUAGUCAAACAAAAUAUGUCGUCUAUUCCAUGUUACAAAAAGUUUUACCAAGUAUUCCAAAAAAAUAAUUAUAAAAUUACAACAAAACUUAAUUUAUAAUUUAAUUAUCAUAAUUGUAUUUGUAAUUUUUAAUAAAAUUUUAUUAGCUUUCAUUAUUGUGAUAUCCUUUUUUUUCGUGAAUUAAUAAAAAAAGGAAUUACUUAUUUUUUAUUUA